CGCCCCGUCCUUGCGAGCCUGCUGGCCGCUGCGCUGGUGGCCUUGGGUUCUAGGAGCGCCAGCUUCGUUGGGUCGCCAGUUCCAGGUUGCCAGCGCGGUGGGCGCGUGAUCGUGCGCGUGAGCGCGGAGUACCUCGAGCGCUGCGGGCCGAAGGACGCGGACAUUGCGUUCGAAGUCUCGGCUGCCAUUGGCCCUGGUCCCACUGUCACUUACAAGAAGCGCCCCUUCGGUAUCCUGCGCUACCAGCCGGGCAAUGGCAUGAAGGGCGCGAUGGCCAUGGAGGUCAUUCCAGUGUCCCGCUACCCUGGGGACCCCCAGGGCCAGGCGUUCGCUGCCGGCGUGGCGGGCGGCAUGGUGGUGAAGUCCAUCGCUGGCGCGGAGAUCAUGGACCUCUUGGACGACGAGGUGGCGGACCCGCGCUUCUCGAAGUCCACCGCGCUCGCCCUGGAGAAGAUGGGCCGCAUGGCGGAUCCCAUGAAGGCGGACGGCCAGGACGGCUUCGCCCGCUGA